CAACAAUCACUCUACUUUAUAGGUUGUGUAAAAAUAUUCUGUAUAAAUAGCAUUAUGGUGGUGAUGCAGUAAUGUUUUUGAUGACAGAAGCAUUUGUUUACAUCGCGAAGCAGUGCUUGGAAAUGCCUUUACGAAGGGGGCCUGCACAAUCUAUCUAUUGGGCCUUCCGUCACCACGAAAUGUCCUGACGAACAAAGCUUCUCCAAUCAACUCGGUUCCUCACUGCCGCUCCCCCGUCCCUGGGACACCGAGUACUCGCCGCUAGACCUCGCUCCACCUGGUCUACCCAUCUUGCUCGCUGCGGGGCCGCUGCACUAAGAAUACUACUAGAUAAGUAGUAAUCGUGGCGAGUAUUCAAGCGGAAAACAGUAGGAAACGAAAAUGUCGCUCUUCCACGCGAAUGCCGGCCAGGCGGAGAUUAUUCGUAGUGUGCAGAAGGACCAGGAGCACAUCGAGGAAAUACGGGUGGCCCUCAGCGAGUUGUUGCUGAUGCUAAGCCAGCGCCGUUGGUACAGGUACAACGCGCUGUGCAAGCUGAUAGCGGAGAUACUUUACCACCACUAUGCGAUUGCGAACAAUCUGCAAACACUCGGCGAAGAGUACACCGGGAUCAUCCAGGUCGAUUCGAACUACGUGAUGCUGCCGAACAAGGCGCUACAGUUGUUGGCCAUUCUCCUGGAAUACGGCGGCGAACGGUUGGCCAAUAGCGCGCUGGGCUACCUGCAGAAUGAAAUCGACCGGAACGAUGAGCUGCUGCCUUCGGCGAAAGGUGCGCUCAACCAACUCAUCGACACGGUGCGUGUGAUGGUGCCGUUCGUGCGAGGGUUCCACACCAGCUUGUUCUACAUCAACGGCGGGAAGUAUCACAUUUCAAAGCGGCUAGUGGGGAUCAAUUAUGUGCUGAUACGGAGUGCUCUGAAGGAGAACCAUUCCAUGCUCGGGUACCGCGUGCUGGGCUACGCGUCACUAGUACAGCUGGUGCUCACGUUAGUUGCACGUUACCGAACGUAUCGCGGGGAAUCGAAAAGCACACCGAUCAUGGCACCAGCAGGCAGCCAGACUUUGGUAGCCGGCGAGCGUGCGGCUGACGCGUCGCAUAAUCAGUGUGCCCUGUGCAUGAAUACCUUGCAAAACAUUAGCGUAACCCAGUGUGGGCACAUGUUCUGCUGGCAGUGUAUCUUCGAUUGGGUCGAUCAGCGCCCACUGUGUCCGAUAUGCCGGGAAACGAUCAAAAAGUCACGUAUCGUGCGAUUGCAAAAUGUUGCCGUCAGUCACCGGAGCGCCGGUUCUAUGCAGGCAUAGUAGGCUAACAGGAGUAAAUCUAGUUCAUUUCUUUCCCCCGGCGGGAGUAAUUGUGAGUCGUAACCCGGUUCAGCUAGUUAAUACCUUUAAUUCUUCUUCGUUAUUGAUUUCACGUUGUUACCGAUUAGUUAGUUCGUUGAUUUUCUGUUUGUUGUUGCUCGGUUGUUUCUAGGGAUUUGCAUAAGAGUUGAUUAUGUACAAAGCGGGACUUUCUUUUCAUAUAGUAACAAUAAAACUAAGCAUACGGUUUUCAGUAUAUAG